AUGUCGGCCGACCUCUUCGCUGCUUUUGACGAUCCCCCGCCUCCAAAGCCCAACCAGGCGCAACCACCCAAGCCGUCUCCUUUGCCCGCCUCGACGGCUACCGAUCCCUUCUCCUUCCUUGGCUCUACCCUCUCGAACACAGCCAGUCAACAGACCCAGCCAUGGCCUUCACUGCCGCAGUCGGUAGCCAACGACCCGUGGGGCGGUCUCUCAACUGGCGGUGUGCCAAGUCAACCCGCAGCGAAGAACACCUUGGGUGACGAUGGUGAAGAUGAGGAUGGCUGGGGCGACUUUGAGACAGCAGAGCCUGCGUCCAAGCCAGCACCCAAUGUCGACGUGCCGACGAGUCAACAGCCGCCCCAGCAUCCGGCCAUACAAAGAACCCGGAUAGUGAGGGCCCCGACCAUUGAGCUAAUGACGAACAACCUCAUCGACCUCCCCGGCGCCAAUGCUCUGCCUGAAGAAGUGAGAUCGCCACCUUGGAUGCGCCAGUCCUUCGCCCAACAGCAAACAAACACACAAAGGACGAACCUAUCUGAGCCGAAGCCGCCGCUGAAGCCCAAGCCUCAGACCAAGCCUGUCAAAGCGGACCCAAAUGUGCUAUUUGAUGCCGACGAAUUUGACGGACAAGAUGUAGGGGCCAGCGAUGAUGAUGACGACUUCGGAGAGUUUGAGACUGUUGCCUCGCCUGCACAGCCUCCCAAGGACAUCAUGUCUGAAGAUCUGUUUACUCCGCCAGCAACCGCUCACAAGCCCCCGGCCGACAUGUUGUCUGGUCUCACCUUGAGCGAGCCGACGUCGUCGUAUCCGAGGGCGCCAAGGUCCCCGUCAUUUCAAGAAAGAAACCCAUUUCCAGGGCUGGCGCUGCACACACCUACUGAACCCAAAGCGCCGUCAAGUGACAACCCCAUUACAUCGCCUGUUACCGCGUGGCCGACGAUAGACCAAGGUUCUGCCGGGAGUAACAAGAUGGAAGAUGACUGGGCUUCCUUCGAUGAUCUCCCUGAGAAGCCACAGACCGUGAACAAACAAACCAAGGCCACUGGUGACAACUGGGAUUGGGAUGCAUUCGACGAUCAGCCACCUGCUACAUCUACUAAGCCGCAGCCUGCUUCUGUUGCGGCCCAUGACACAGACUCAUCCUGGGCAUGGGAUUCGGCAGAUAUAACAGGUGACUUGCCGACCAAAGAAGAUGAGAGCAAGGCACCUCCUAUCAACGUUCCGCCACCGUCGGUUCUUUUGUCCAUAUUUCCGCAACUGCUUGGCCAGGCAAACGAAUCACUCUUUAAGCCCGUAGGCGGACAGGCAUUCUCCAUUAAGAAUCGAAUUCUAUCUGAUCCAAAAACCAUCGAGUUCCUACGAGGCUACCUGGUUCUCGCAACCGUCGCUGGUCGCGUCAUUGCCGGACGAAAACAGCGGUGGCAUCGAGACAAAUUUCUGUCCCAGAGCAUGUCAAUCUCGGCAGCUGGCAGCAAAGGGAUGAAACUUGCUGGUGUUGACAAGACGCAAGCAGCUAGGGAGGAUCGCGAGGCAGGCGACAUACUCGACCUCUGGAAAGAGCAUGUCGGCCGCCUUCGGUCGUCGGUGGCUGCGGCGAAUUCUACCAUCAAGGACACUUCGCAGCAACUCAAGAUCCCCGAGCUGCGGGAAAACAUACAGAUCCAGAUGGCAAAGGGCGUCCUCACCGCCCCAAAGGCUUGCAUCAUUUGUGGGCUCAAACGCGACGAGCGCCUUCCGCGCAUCGAUUUCAGCGUCGAGGACAGCUUUGGCGAGUGGUGGACAGAUCACUGGGGUCACACUGCGUGUAAGCGGUUCUGGCUCAAGCAUGAGAACGAUUUACGACAGCGAUGA